AAGGUGAUGGAGUUACGGUGCGCAAAUAUAUGUAUCCAGUGGCGUUACACAGGAAGUCUCCCCACUCAUUUGCAUAUGCAGGAAUUGACAAUCGAAGUAUGGAUCAUUCCUCAACCCUUAAUGAAGUGCAAGAAUCUGUCUUAUGCAUCUAAUAUGGCAUGUAACACCUCCUUUUUACCUCCUUGAGCUACUUAUAAGCUAUGCCAUGAGGUUGAGCAUUCUGGGCGUCUUUUCGGUUCUCCCUACUACCGCGCUCGUUAUCUUUGCGGUGACUAUCACUCUGGAUUAUGGAGCCAUGCUUGUUGGUGGCUUGCUGGGCUUCGGCUUGUCGGGUUGCGUUAACAUGCAAUUCAUUGUGUACUGCCAGGUAUAUUUUAAUUCAGGCUGCUUGAUUUGUAUCAAUCUGCGCUUGUGGCAGGCACACUCUGGGAUUCCAUCAUUGCGACUAAUGGCGACUUGGAUACACUUGACGCAAUCCCUGGAGUAUCGAUCCUGUGAUCGAGCUUAUUGUGCGUUUUCACUCGUAUGGAACUGCACCAUGCUCACCAUCAGAAUAUUCGCCGGGCUAUGAUUACCCUCAGAGUCGUCCAAAGCUUCUUUGCAUACCUAAACUA